UUCCCUCCCUCCUUCUCUGUCCCUCCUUCCCCACUCAGCCUCUUCCAAUCUCUUUCUUUCUCUCUUCAUUUCCCUCAGGUAAUUCCUACAGAAACUUGUACCAACUUGUUUUUGACUGACAGCGAACAGCGAGAGUGUUUCUUCACUUUGAAAAACCUUCAGCACCUAUCUUUCCAAGGCACCCUGCGUGGACUGAUCAUUUCCCUGCCUGGUCAUAAUUUCCCAUCCACCCAGGAGCCGGCACUGGGCACUCCUGCAGGCCCUAGCAGAGGCCCACGGUAGCCAGGUGGGUGAAGGGGAGCAAGGACGUGCCUCUUGCCCUGCAGAAGAUUCCUGACCUACAGAGUGACUGACCAGGGUCAUUCAUCUCCGUCAGCCGGCAGGUGCUAUAAGAUGCUCUGUGGUCUCUCGGGCAGCUCCUCUCCGGCUGUUGGGUGUUGAGGGCAGGGCGACGCCUCCCUGGGGCUGAGCUGGGAGCCCAGUGCUGCUUCUGGGUGGUCCAAGGAGCCUGAAAAUGGAUGCCAUUCACAUCGGCAUGUCCAGUUCCCCACUGGUGAAACAUACCAAUGGAGUUGGACUCAAGGCCCACAGACCUCGCGUCAUGUCUAAGAGUGGACACAGCAAUGUGAGAAUUGACAAAGUAGAUGGCAUCUAUUUGCUGUACCUUCAGGACCUGUGGACAACGGUCAUUGACAUGAAGUGGCGAUACAAACUCACCCUGUUCGCUGCCACCUUCGUGAUGACCUGGUUUCUGUUUGGAGUGGUCUACUAUGCCAUAGCCUUUAUUCAUGGUGACUUAGAACUUGGGGAGUCCAAUUCUAAUCACACACCCUGCAUCAUGAAGGUGGAUUCUCUCACAGGAGCCUUCCUCUUCUCCCUGGAAUCCCAGACAACCAUUGGCUAUGGGGUCCGUUCCAUCACAGAGGAGUGUCCUCAUGCCAUCUUCCUCUUGGUUGCCCAACUGGUCAUCACCACAUUGAUCGAGAUCUUCAUCACGGGGACCUUCUUGGCCAAAAUCGCAAGACCCAAAAAGCGAGCCGAGACCAUCAAGUUCAGCCACUGUGCCGUCAUCAGCAAGCAGAACGGGAAGUUGUGCUUGGUCAUCCAGGUGGCCAACAUGAGGAAAAGUCUCUUGAUCCAGUGCCAGCUCUCGGGAAAACUACUGCAGACACACGUCACCAAAGAGGGGGAGCGCAUCCUUCUCAACCAGGCCACCGUCAAGUUCCACGUGGACUCCUCUUCCGAGAGCCCUUUUCUCAUUCUGCCCAUGACCUUCUACCACGUGCUGGACGAGACGAGCCCCCUGCGGGACCUCACGCCCCAGAACCUAAAGGAAAAGGAGUUCGAGCUGGUGGUGCUUCUCAACGCCACUGUGGAGUCCACCAGUGCCGUCUGCCAAAGCCGGACGUCCUACAUCCCAGAGGAGAUCUACUGGGGCUUUGAGUUUGUGCCCGUGGUUUCUCUCUCCAAAAAUGGAAAGUACGUGGCUGACUUCAGUCAGUUUGAGCAGAUCCGGAAGAGCCCGGACUGCACCUUCUACUGUGCAGAUUCUGAAAAGCAAAAGCUGGAAGAGCAAUACAGGCAGGAGGAUCAGAGGGAGCGUGAGCUCAGGAGCCUCCUGCUACAGCAGAGCAACGUCUGACCCCGGCCGGCCUCUGGGGAGCCCCAGAGCUGCUCCUGACCAGGCUUCCUCGCAAAAGCUAUGGCCGCUGUGCACAUGGGAGGGUGGGCCCGAUACCAAACCACACAGACAUUCAUGACCCGUCUUUCUCUUUGUUCUGGUGGCUGAACAAGCGUCUCUCAGUAUAAUAGGAUUUCUUCAGAGGCCCUGGUCAGAGGUGAACACUCAAAUUCAGAUCCCCCGCCCCCUAAAAUGGAAUUAUAUAUUGAAGAAGUGAGUGUAGAAGGUGGAGAGAAUACCUGUUCUGGCGACAGACAUGUAGCAACGUUGAUAGCGAAUGGAAUGUAUGUCUGUAGAAGAACAUCAGCCUAUAGUUCAAAGUAUUUAUUUAACCCACCUGUCAAGGGCAUCAGCAGCAGCUGAUUCUGAGGCAGGAUUCGCUAUUGGCUUGUAUCACUGCUUAAGAGCCUGCUCCUUCUCGUGCUCAAGUGUGUUAGUUAUAUCUGCAGUGAUGGGGAAGCAGGGACUUCAAAAAUUACAGUCAUUUGGUUUUUACAUUUUUUUCAGUGGAUUAAUUGUGUGGAGUAGAAGUAAUCAAAUCAGGAUUUAAGAGUUCUGAACAUACGCCCACAUCUGAAUUCUGAUGUCCCCGUCACUUUCAGGGGAAGCAUGCACUAGCCUCUUUUUCCUCCCAAAUGUCCCUCACAGACAAGCCAGACAGCACCAUUUAACGACAUGUUGGCAAUACACACAAUCAGGUUUCGGCCAGGCUUACAGAACCAUCACUAUUGUAAGCUCUGCUCUGAGUAAUAUUGUCAAUGUCAUUUUUCUAGAACCACACAGAAAAAUGGCUACAUGGAUUCCAUGUCCUUACGGCCUCCAGAGCUGCCCGUCUGUCAGUGCUGUUAGUCCAUCUGUCUCUCAGAUAUUUCAGUUUCCCCUGUGAACAUACCUUGGCCAGAGAGAAAUUGCACAAAAUUACCGAUGUCUUAAGAACGGAGGGGCUCCCUGAGAGCUGUGAUUGUCACAGCCACAAUAAGUACGUGGCUUGAUGAUUUUGUGAUUUCACCACAAAAGAAAAUUGAAGCUGUGUCACCGUGUAGGACACCAACCUAGAUGCUGCAGCCCGUGAGGCUGGGUGACAGCAGGAAGAGCAGCCGAGGGAGGGGCGUCUGUAAGCAAGAGGACCCCUUGUGCAAGAGUUCAAGCACAUGCUUGGUGCCCAGACACACCUCAUACAACUCAGUGUUACAGGGGGAACAUUUCCCUCGGAAAAAAACUAGAGUUUAAGGCCUGCAUUUUUGGGGAAAGAGAAUAAAUGGCCAGGAAUGGUUAAAUACGUAAAAGGUGUGCGUGUUCCUUUUAUUCAAAUCAGGACAAAUUGUAAAUUCACUCAAGUGCCAUGUGACCAUGAAUGUGCAGGCAACACACACACACACACACACACACACACACACACACACACACACACACACGUGUGUGUGUGUGUGUUAUCUUCAAUCAUUCAAGAGUAUUUUUUCUGUUCUUGAUUUCAUGGCAGGCUAUUUUAGAUUGCCUCUCUUCAAAAACUUUUGGAUGCUUGCCUGUUUAGAUACUUGUGCCUCUAGCUACUAAUCCUGUGUAUUUGGGUUGUAUGUUAUAGUAGAAUCAAUAGGAAAAAUCACAUCACAGAGUUGUUUGUGGUGACUUUUUAUUGUAUUAUGAAAUCCUUCAUACAAAAUCCACCUUGGUGCCCAUCUGAAUCUGAUUGAUAACCAGUAACUCAGCUCACUUCUGCUGUAUACGGUACAAUGGUGACAUGUCAGACUCAAUCAUCUUUGUAUAAUCACUGAGGAUAUUAUUUUCAGCCAGAUUUGGAAUAUUUGAAUAUUUGAUUUAUUUUCAAUACACACAAAUAUAUGUAAUGCCUUCAAAACCAAUGUAUGGGACAGGUGUGCUGGCACACGCCUGUAAUCCCAGCACAUGGGAAGUGGAAGUACAAGGAUCAAGAGUUCAAGGCCAGUCUUGAUGACAUAACGCCUACACUACAUGAGUUCCUCUAUACAAAAAACAAAAGUACAAUAAAUCACAUUGUUACAUAAUAUUUAGUAAGUAGUUCUAUAGUUGCCUGGUUUGAAACUUAACAUUUUCCAGAAUCUCUUAGCUAGUAUUGCUUUGAAUCACAUGUUCUCAUGUUAAUAUGCUAACAGAAGAGUUAAGUGGUGGAUGUUAUCUAGGCAGGCUUCUGAUGGAAACAGACUUGUAAGAGCCAUCAAAGCAAUGGAGUGCUUAACCUAAAGAAAGCUCGGUGAUCUUCAGAAACCCAAUGCAUCAACCUUCUCAGUGGCUGUUCAAAUGUGCUUCGUUUUGGAGGCCACAGGGCCCACAGCAGCAGAUCAGUGUAUACCGCAAGCCACCGAUUCUGCUUGCUGUUGUGACCCCAGACACUGGAGGAAAGAUGCACCCUUUGACCCACACUAUGAGCCGCCUUGGGGUGGGGUGGGAGCUAAACAUUGUUUCUCUUUUUUCUUUUUAUUCAUGCGGAAAUUAAAAGCACAGUUUUUGAAUAUCUAAAAUAAAUGCAUAAUGGUAAGAAAAAGAAUAAUAUUCAUUAGUGGACCAAAUAUUUAGAUAAAUGUAAACACCCAUUUUGUUUGAUCUUUAUUUGAAUUAAAUUUCUACUUUGAAUUGGC